UCUUCCACCCCUGAUUCAAUAAAAGCCUCUUUCCGCCGCCCAACCCGUCACUAAAGCGAAUCCGUAGUUCGGCUAUACUGACAAUAGGAAGUUUCAAGCUCGCAGCUUUUUUCUUUUAACCAAUAAUGGAAGGAGCCUUUGACAGCAUCAUACUGGUCAAAGAAGAGGAGGACGAAGAAGAAGAACCAAUGCUGCCUCAGCCAUUACCAGGCCUUCACGAUGCCGCGCCGCCGCCGUUCUUAAAGAAGACCUUCGACAUGGUGGAAGAUCCAAGCACUGACUCCAUUGUCUCUUGGAGCAGAGCUCGCAAUAGCUUCGUUGUAUGGGAUUCUCAUAUGUUCGCUACCAACGUUCUUCCUCGCUAUUUCAAGCACAGCAAUUUCUCCAGCUUCAUCCGUCAGCUCAAUACUUAUGGGUUCAGAAAGGUGGAUCCAGAUCGAUGGGAAUUCGCAAAUGAGGAGUUUUUAGGUGGGCAGAAGCACCUUUUGAAAAACAUUAAAAGAAGGAGAAAUAUCGGUCAGAGCUCCAGCGAUGUGGGGCAGCUAGCGCUGGAGGGCGAGGUUGAGAAGCUGAGAUCAGAGAGACAGAUUCUGAUGCUGGAGAUUAUGAGUCUGAGGCAGCAGCAACAGAGCUCGAGAACGCAUCUAGUUGCAAUGGAGGAGCGAAUGCUGGUGGCGGAGAGGAAGCAGAAACAGACGAUGACUUUCCUUUCGAAAGUGCUGCGGAAUCCUGACUUCGCUCAUAAGCUUAUGGCGAGGGGCGAGUGGGGCAUGGAUUUGGGAAGCCCCGGGAAGAAGAGGAGAUUGCCACCGCCAUUUUCGGAGAGCUUGGAGGUGACUGGAGAAGCUGAAGAGUUCCUUUUUAGAAUGGAGAAUGAGCUGACUAAUGAGGUGGAGACUGAAGCCGUGGAGCAGAGUUCGGAGGAGAUAAUGGAUUCAAUGUGGGAGGACCUGUUAAGUGAAAGUUUUGAUGGGGAAACAUCGGCGCAGGAGAUUGAUGCAGAGGUGGAGGAGUUGGUUGCGGAGAACUGUGGAUGGGGUGAGGAUGUGAAGGGUUUGGUCGAGGCGAUGGGGUUUCUUGGAUCCAAGAAGUAGAAGUUCUGGAGGAAGAAGAGAAGUUCUGGAGGAAGAAGAGAAGGGAUGGGGGCACUUCUAUCAUUCUGUUUGUAGUUUGGUAGCACCGUCGGUUCUGCUUUUAUAUUGUUGGCGGUUGUAAUAACUCAUAUUUGUUAAAUAUGAAUUUAAUUUUUGAUGCUUUAA